GAACCAUUCCUGAUAGACAGACGGACAAAGAUUUCCGGUAGCAGGCACCCAGAGAGAGAGAGAGAGAGAGAGAGAGAGAGAGAGAGAGAGAGGGAGAGAGAGAGGGGCAGGCCAUGAAGUCGGCCAGGAGCCUGUCGAGAGGGGACGGGCGGCGGCUGGGGAAUGCGUCGCUCAUCGCCUUCAUGCUCGCGUCCCUCGUCCUGCUCUCCGUCAUCAGGACGAGGCUCUCCCCCAUGGAGAAGACGGGGGACGCCAUCAAAGCAGAGGAGCGGCAUGGGAUGAGCAAGGGAAGCGUCAAGGUGGAGGUCGCCCAUGAAGCUGUGGUCACAACUCCGGAUUCAGCUGCGGAGGAGGAGGAGGAGGAGGAAGAAACUCCGCCCAAACCCGCCGACACGUCGUCCCGGGGUGGCGUGAGCGUGCCCGUGCCGGUGAGCACAAGCACCACGCCCGUCCCCGUCGCUGUCAUAGACCGCCAGGGCAAGCCGGUGUGCUACGAGUCGGGCCGGCGGUCGGACACGUGCGAGGCCGCCGGCGACGUGCGCGUGCAGGGGCGCAGCCAGACCAUCCAGGUCCGCCCGCUGGACCGGGAGUGGAAGGUGAAGCCGUACUGCCGGAAGCAGGACGCCUACGCGCUGUCGCACGUCAAGGAAUGGACCCUCCGCCCGCUCUCCGGCGGCGGCCCGCAUUGCACGGUCAACAGCUCCGCGACGGCCUUCGUGAUCUCCACCGGCGGGUUCACCGGCAACCUGUUCCACGACUACACGGACGUGCUGGUCCCGGCGUUCAUCACGGCGCACCGGUUCGGCGGCGAGGUGCAGUUCCUGGUGAGCAGCUUCAAGUCGUGGUGGACCAACAGGUACCUGGAGAUCUUCCAGCAGCUGAGCAGGCACGAGGUGAUCGACAUCGACAACGACGACGAGGUCCGGUGCUACGGGAGCGUGGUGGUCGGGCCGACGUUCCACAAGGAGCUGGGCGUGGACGCGUCCAAGACGCCGACGGGGGCGUCGAUGGUGGACUUCCGCGCGAUGCUGCGGGGCGCGUUCGGGCUGUCGCGCGCGGCGGCCGAGCCGAGCGGCGACCGGUGGGACAUCCGGCGCCGGCCGCGGCUGCUCAUCAUCUCGCGCAAGAACUCGCGCGCGUUCCUGAACGAGCGCGCCAUGGCGGACAUGGCCAUGAGCCUCGGGUACGACGUGCGCGUGGGCGAGCCGGACACCAACACGGAGGUGUCCAGGUUCGCCCGGCUGGUGAACUCGGCGGACGUGAUGGUGGGCGUGCACGGCGCGGGGCUGACCAACAUGGUCUUCCUCCCCGCCGGCGCCGUGCUGAUCCAGGUGAUCCCCUACGGCGGGCUGGAGUGGCUCGCCCGCGGCACCUUCGAGGAGCCGUCCAAGGACAUGCAGCUGCACUACAUCGGCUACAAGAUCCAGCUCGACGAGACGACGCUGAGCGAGCAGUACCCCAAGGACCACCCGGUGCUCACUGACCCGCUCUCCAUCCACAAGCAGGGGUGGGAGGCGCUCAAGACGGUGUACCUGGAGAAGCAGAACGUGAGGCCGCACCUGGGCAGGCUCAAGCUCACCUUCCUGGAGGCGCUCAAGCUGCUGCCCCAUGGGCGCCAGGCCAAGGCCAACAACUGAGCGCGGCAAUGGCCGGGGCCCUAUCUGAUCAUGGAUGUAAUGAUCCGAUGUGUACAUUGCGCGCGGUCGAUGAAUCGAUCAAUUCCAUGAUGGUUAAUCCUGGAGUAUAGGCAGAAGAACAUAUAUAGGGGUUUGUUGGUGCUGUUCUUUCGUUCAGUUUCUUUGGUUGUUUGAAGCCUGCAUCCUGUCUGUAUGAAGUCUACAACUGCAGAAUGUAGUGGUAAGAUGGAAGAAGCAUGUGGAAGCUAAUAAAAGGCGAAGGAUUACAUACUCCUUCGGUGAGGAAA